GUGUUUACAACAAUUCUUCUGUUGUUGUAGCUUAAUUACUGAAUGUUACGAUUCGGCUGCCUAACAACAGCCAUAUAUACCUGUCUAAUUAGCAGAGAAUCUGAAUAAUCUCCACUGUUAAAACCCGUAACCAAGAAACGUCUAGUGAAAGCAGAGAAUACUUCAUGUGUACUGUAGUUACAGUAAUAUUUGGAGUGUAUAAUUCGGUGAUACUCUUAUAAUUACGAGUCAUAAACAUUCAUCAGACUCAGUUACUAAUCCAAACGCCGUAUCUAGUGAUUAAGACGUGAUAUCUUCUGUCAGAAGUAGUGAAACUCAGCAAUGAAUGCCUGGGGUUCCGGGCAGAAUGAAUUUAGAGGAACACUUCAAGCAGCUGGAACUUCAGCCACUGUGGCACCUCAACAUUACAUCACAUUGUUAGUUAAUGGCUCAUACGCACACCCGGUUACUUUGCAGAGAGUACAGCCCACUUAUGUGCCGUUUGUACAGGACUCACGAAACCAGGCCUACUAUGCGAGAACCGAUGUACCGAUAUCAUACCCACAGCACAUGGUAAGGGAGCCUGGGGCUAACUACACCACACAGCAUGGCCAGUACUACCCCGAGAGCACCACUGCAGCUAUAUACAGAAAUAUGGUGCGUGAUUUAAUGCAAGAAACUACUGCAGACCAGUCGCUUCCUAAGGAUAAUAGUGCUUACCUCAUCCAACAAGGUGUCCGUCAAGAUACUGCUCAUGAAUCCAUUGGAGCACAAAGCGUUAAUCUACAGGCAAAAAAAGGUGAUGCUGUCAACGUGAAGAAUAUUCUACCACGGAAUACAAACGCUGAUCCUUCUUCUCUGUAUGGUGAUGGGCAUCGUGAAUCCUCAAAAACCACCAUCACCUCUCCAAUCACUGUUCUUUGGUUGAUGCAAAACUACGAGGGAGCUGAGGGUAUGGCCCUUUCUUUUUCUACAGUGUACAAACAUUAUCUCAGUCACUGCAAGGAAAACAAAUUAAGGCCUGUUAAUCAGUCUUUAUUUGGGAAGCUCUUCCGUUCUGUUUUUCUUGGUUUGAAAACCAGAAGAAUUGGUACAAGGUUUAAUACCAAAUAUUAUUAUUAUGGGAUCCGUGUAAUUCCCGGAUCAGCAUUAAGUAAUCUGUCAGAAGACCCGAAGUCAGCUGUUCACCAACAAACAUCUUCGGAGGAUAACAAUUCAGUCCUGUCACGCUCAGAUAACUGUGGGAAUGGUACUCAGAAUAUAGACAACCAGUAUGCGCAAUAUAUCUAUAAUUUAGGCAGCUCUGAUAACGCCUAUUCGUCAGAACAGUAUCCACAACAACACCAGUUCAUAGGCCAGCCAGAAGCUAUGUCCAAUUUUCCGGAUACAACAUUUCCUUUAGGAUCUGACCUACCUGAUGCGGAUAAACUAUUUGGAUAAUGAUCCUAUUUCAUCAUUUCUACAGAGAACAUUGUGCAGCAUUCUUGGAUGCAGUUGUGAGCAUGGAAUUCCAGACAGCUGAGUUUGUAGAGAGAAUUCUGGAGAAACCAGGAUAACAGAAAUGACGAAUGUGAAGACAGAUAUUUUCCCCAAACGAAGCUGUAUUUGUUAUACAAGUGUGGGCCAGUUCAAGAUUUUUUCCGGCUUGUGUAUUACAUGUUCAGUCAGAAUUUAGUGAAACACGAGCAAUUCGCAACUUUGCAAAUGGACUGAAACCGGGUCCAACAGGAACCAUGACACAUUGCCCUGAGGAAAUUAGUGAAAGUGUUAACUGUGAGUGCUUUGGAGCAGACUUUACGGCGCUAUAUCUUAUAAACCUUUUGGAUGGAGCUGAACUUGCUGUCCUUCGGAACUCCUCAAAGAUAGACAGGAUGUUGGAUGACCUCAAUCCAGUUGACUUUCGUAGUAUACGAUCGUACAAGAACAGGCAUCAUCGGUGUGACAGUGUGAAGAUAGUUUGGUGCCACAACAAGAAGCGCACUUCAACAAGCCUCUAUAUCAGCAUAAUUAAUUGGAUCUGUUGGCAGCCUGGCUGAAAGUUUUCGUUACACAUGUCCUGGAACCGUGUGAAGAGAAAGCAAACUUUGUUAAGGCUUCAGCGGAGUUUUUACUCAGUUGGUCAUCCGUAGUCCAGAAAGCUUUGGCUCCUUUCAUCUGAUCCGUGAGCUGUAUGAAGAACACAUAUUGUUCCUUAUUGAGCACAAAGUGGGUUUAGAGACAGAGGAGUCUUCUAUUGCGGUCAUGGGAAGAAAUACAAUGAAUUGUGUCCAAUGUCAACUACUUCAUCCAAGCGAAGUGCUGCAAUGAGGAUGUGUCUCUUAUAAUAGGAGUUCCUGCCACUAUUGGAAUGAAGAUGACUACCAGAAUCCCGAUUGUUGGAACUAAUGAAGUUAGCCACCAUACACAGGGAGAGGGAACAUCCCCUCUGGAAGCCGCUACCAAACAACGGCUAGUGAAAACAGUAUCAGACUGAGAAGACCUACUGUGUCCGUCCCAUAGUGACUUGUAAAGUGUAGU